GCACGCACGGAGCCAUUUUGUCCUCAUUUGAAACUUAACGCGGAUAAUGUCACAGCUCUCCAUGGAUACCAGUCGGAUAAACCGCAUUUUCUGCCGUUUAUACCUACAAUGAAGGAUAAAAGAAGGUCGAAACUUCGGGACAAGGAGAGUUGAUGUGUUUUCCUGGAUGUUUUGUGGAGUUUCACACCAUGGAUCUUGUAAUGUGUUGGUUAUUAUUGGUUCACCUUCUCCUCUGCGCUCCUCUCAUGGGAUGUUUUGACUUACACCUAUCUGAGACUUUACAUUCAGGGGCCUUUCUGGUCAAUUUGUCACUGGGAUCGGGUUGGACGUAUACAAUAGACCGUACUUUAACUUCAAAAUACCUCGGGAACUUUUUAAAAGUGAACUGGAAAAAUGGAGUACUCCGUUUAAAUGGAGAGGUGGACUGUGCGCGCUCUCCUCAGGGCGCGCAGCCGCUUUAUAUUAAUAUCAAAUCUUUAACCACUGAAAGACUAGUAAACGCACAUUUUAAUGUGUUCGUGCACGGGCGGAAUUGCGUCUUCAAAUAUAAAAGGAAGGGGGCUAAACCUGAUAUUAACGUGGAUCGCCUUUACAACUUGGGAACAACUUCCUGCUUUUCUCCAGGUAAUGUACUCUUCAGUCUUGAGGAAUAUUUACCCGUCUUUACGCGAAACUCUGGAGAUUUAGGCUAUUUUUGCACGUCGGAACAUCUAAAUGUGUUUGUGCGUAACGGGACUUUGUUAGUAAAGGAUACGUACUGUUUGGAGAACGACUCGAGACCCUUUAAAGACACCAUCCACUGUUCGUUGCACAGUUCAAACGGUUUGAUCGUCACCAUGCUUCUUAAUUUACAAUGCACAACAUUACAGACAUCAUCAUUACAGUAUACGCUGCACGAAUCAAAUCAAUGGAAAUCAAGAAUGAAACGAUCUGUGAAUUCAGCACCUAAGUUUCAGUUGCAGCGCUACCAGGUUUCCAUGCCUGAGAACGAGCCGGCGGGCACCCGCGUCAUCACCCUUAAAGCGACUGACAGCGACCCUGGAGAAGCGGGAAAAGUAGAGUACGUCAUGGAAGCGUUAUUCGACAGCCGAUCUAACGAUUUUUUCCGAUUAGACCCUCAAACCGGCAGCAUUGAGACUAAACAGCCCUUAGAUAGAGAAGUCAAAGACACGCACGUGUUUAAAGUCACCGCCACAGAUAAUGGCACCCCGCGGCGCACGGCCACGUCAAUCCUGACCGUUACCGUCAGCGACAUCAACGACCACGUUCCUGUUUUUGAACAGAAUGAGUACAACGUAAAAAUAAAUGAAAACGUCCCUGUUGGUUUCGAGGUCAUAACUGUGAGAGCCACUGACGGAGACGCCCAAUCCAAUGGCAACAUGACAUAUAAGAUUGUAAACGGUGAAGGUGUGAACUCUGGCUUUGAAAUAGAUGCUAAGAAUGGCCUGGUGAAGGUCCGAGUUCCUCCUGAUAGAGAAACCAUGGACCAGUAUCACCUGAUAGUUGAGGCAAAUGACAAAGGAAAGGACCCCGGGCCCCGCAGUGCCACUGCCAUGGUGCACAUAACAGUGGAAGACGAAAAUGACAACACUCCUCAGUUUAGUGAGAAAAAAUACAUAGUUCAGGUUCCAGAGAAUGUGGCAGUUAACACUGAAGUUGCCUGGGUAAAAGCUACGGACAGAGAUGAGGGCAAUAAUGCCAAGAUUUAUUACAGCAUAAUUAGUGGCAAUGUGAGGGGUCAGUUUUUCAUACAAACCUCUACAGGAACCAUUGAUGUCAUAAACCCUCUAGACUAUGAAACGAUCAGAGAGUAUAGUUUACGCAUAAAGGCCCAGGAUGGAGGCAGGCCUCCUAAAAUUAAUGGCACCGGUUUGGUGGUUGUCCAAGUAUUGGAUGUGAAUGACAAUAUCCCCAUGUUUGUAAGCACUCCUUUUCAAGCUACUGUUUUGGAGAAUGUGCCUAUUGGGUAUUCUGUUAUUCACAUUCAAGCAAUUGAUUCUGACUCUGGUGAAAAUGCUCGGUUAGAUUACAGCCUGACAGAUACCACUUCGGGCUUUCCCUUCACCAUUGAUAACAACACUGGCUGGAUAACAGUCAGCACUGAGCUGGACAGGGAAACCACUGAGUUUUACACUUUCAGAGUGGAAGUCAGAGACAACGGAGUUCCAGUCAUGUCGUCCUCAGCCAGUGUCAGCAUCACCGUCCUGGAUGUGAACGACAACAUCCCUACGUUCACAGAAAAACUGUAUUCCCUUAAAAUCAAUGAGGAUGCUGUUGUAGGGACCAGUGUGUUAACAGUUACCGCUCUGGACAGUGAUGUAAACAGUGUAGUCACUUAUCAAAUUUCCAGUGGUAACACACGGAGCAGGUUUGCCAUCACAAGUCAAAGCGGCGGUGGGCUCAUCACACUAGCACUGCCUUUGGAUUACAAACAGGAACGUCAGUAUGUUCUGACUGUUAUCGCUUCUGAUGGUACACUUUUUGACACUGCACAGGUGUUCAUCAAUGUAACUGAUGCUAACACAAACAGACCCGUGUUUCAGAGCGCCAACUACCAUCAGACCUUAGUUGAAAAUCAACCCAUUGGAUCAACUGUUGUGGUGAUCAACGCAACGGAUGAGGACACAGGUGAGAAUGCACGCAUUACUUACAUCAUGGAGGACAAUGUUCCACAGUUUAAGAUAGAUCCAAACACGGGCGCCAUCACUACGCAGAUGGAGAUUGACUACGAAGAACAGGCCUCCUACACAUUGGCUAUCACUGCCCAUGAUAACGGAAUCCCACAAAAGUCUGAUACUACAUAUGUAGAGAUUAUGGUAUUGGAUGCCAAUGACAAUGCUCCACAGUUUGGAAAGGACAAAUAUCAGGGUGCUGUGUCUGAAGAUGCAUCACCACUCACCAGCGUGCUUCAGAUAUCCGCUUCAGACCAAGACUCAGGAUUAAAUGGAAGGGUGAAAUACACCUUUGUUGAUGGUAACGAUGGCGAGGGACAUUUCAUGAUCGAGGAAUAUUCAGGAAUAAUAAGAACCAACAUGAAGCUGGACAGAGAGGACAAGCCAGUGAUAAACCUUAAGGCCUAUGCAGUAGACAUGGGCAUUCCUUCCCUCAAAGCAGCCGUGGAGAUCCAGAUUUCCGUGUUGGACACAAAUGACAAUGCUCCUGUUUUUGAGAAGAAUAAGCUUGAUAUAUAUAUCAAAGAGAAUAGUCCAUUGGACUCAGUGGUGGCACGAAUCACCGCCAUUGACCUGGAUGAAGGAACGAACGCUCAGAUAUUGUACCAGAUUGUGCAAGGAAACAUUCCUGAGGUCUUUGACUUGGAUAUGUUAACCGGAGACCUAAAAGUGCUUGUGGAUCUGGACUAUGAGACGAAAAAUCAGUAUGUUUUAGAAGUACAAGCCACAUCUGCUCCUCUGGUCAGCUCUGCAACGGUCAACAUUUAUCUGCUUGAUGUCAACGAUAACGCUCCUGUCUUGCAGAAUUUUGAGAUUAUCUUCAAUAAUUAUGUAACAAAUAAAUCCAACAGCUUCCCUUCUGGGAUUAUAGGAAAGGUGCCUGCCUAUGACCCAGAUGUGUCAGAUAAACUCAAUUAUAGUUUCAUUGAAGGAAAUGACCUGGGUUUGCUCAUUCUAAACCCGGAUACUGGAGAGCUGAAACUCAGCAAAGAUCUGGAUAACAACCGACCUCUGGAGGCCAUCAUGAAAGUUUCUGUCACGGAUGGUAUCCACACAGUGACGUCCUUCUGUACUCUCCGUGUGACCAUCAUCACUGACGAGAUGCUCAUGAACAGCAUCACAGUCCGUCUGGAGAACAUGUCCCAGGAACGCUUCCUGUCCCCGCUCCUCUCACUCUUUGCGGAAGGCGUGGCGACGAUUCUCUCAACCAGCCGUGAUGAUGUCUUCAUUUUCAAUGUCCAGAAUGACACAGAUGUCACCGGCAGCAUCCUUAACGUCACCUUUUCUGCGAUGCUCUCCGGAGGAGCUCCCGAUCGAUACUUCCCUUCGGAAGAGCUCCAGGAGCAAAUCUACCUGAACCGGACACUGCUACGGCAAAUUUCCAGCCAGAACGUCCUUCCAUUUGACGACAACAUCUGCCUGCGGGAGCCCUGUGAGAAUUAUAUGAAAUGCGUCUCUGUGUUGAAAUUCGACAGCUCCCCACCAUUCAUAGCUUCGAACACAGUUCUCUUCAGGCCGAUCCAUCCUAUUAACGGCCUGCGUUGCCGUUGUCCUGCCGGAUUCACCGGUGACUACUGUGAGACCGAGAUUGACUUGUGCUACUCUGGUCCAUGCCGCAACAACGGUCGAUGCCGCAGUCGAGAGGGAGGGUAUACCUGCGAGUGUAUGGAUGACUUUACAGGUGAGAACUGUGAAAUAGAUGCCCGCUCUGGUCGCUGUGUCCCUGGUGUAUGUAAGAACGGAGGUGAAUGCGUCAACCUGCUGGUGGGCGGCUUUACAUGCAACUGCCCCUCAGGAGAAUACGAAAAGCCUUUUUGUGAGAUGACAACCCGCAGCUUUCCCGGACAGUCCUUUAUUACCUUCCGAGGCCUGCGACAGAGAUUUCACUUCACGGUCUCCUUUAUGUUUGCCACAAGAGAACGAAACGCCCUUUUACUCUACAACGGUCGUUUUAAUGAGAAACAUGACUUCAUUGCUAUAGAGAUCAUAGAGGAACAGAUUCAACUAACCUUCUCAGCAGGAGAGGCUAAAACAACUGUGGCACCUUUUGUAUUGGGUGGAGUCAGCGAUGGCCAGUGGCAUUCGGUUCAACUGCACUACUACAACAGAGACAGCCUGCACCUGCUGGACUCCAGUGGGGUGCUGCGCGUCCCUCUCUAUACGGCCUGGCUGGAGCUCACUCAUAAGGAGCCUAAGAUCAGUUACUUGGGGUUGCCUCAAGGACCAUCGGGUGAAAAGGUGGCAGUGGUCGCAGUGGACGACUGUGACAUCUCCAUGGCUGUGCGAUUCGGCAGUCACAUCGGCAACUACUCCUGUGCUGCACAGGGCACCCAGACCGGACAGAAGAAGUCUUUGGACUUAACCGGUCCUCUUCUGCUUGGUGGUGUACCUAACCUACCGGAGGACUUUCCUAUACGAAACCGGGACUUUGUGGGUUGCAUGAGAAACUUGACAAUCGAUAGCAAAUCCAUAGACAUGGCCAGCUACAUCGCAAAUAACGGCACAACAGAAGGCUGUCCAGCAAAAAAGAGCUUCUGCUAUGAGGGCUUGUGUCAGCAUGGCGGCCAUUGUGAAAACAAGUGGAACACUUACUUUUGUUACUGUACCGAAGGACGAGGCGGGAAGCACUGUGAUCAAGUCAUGCCAUCACCGCAGCACUUUAAUGGUCAUGCCAUGGUGUCAUGGCAUGAACUUGAUAUCAUCAUUGCCAUCCCCUGGUACAUCAGUCUGAUGUUUCGCACCAGAGAGACCGGCGGGACCGCAAUACUGAUGCAGAUCAAUGCCGGGGACUCAUCUCAGAUCAACCUCCUGGUGAGGGACAAGUAUGUGCGGUUUGAAGUGUCUCUGAGAGAGCAGCAGGUGGCUGUGCUGGAUUUCCCAGAGUUCCGAGUAAACGACGGAGAAUGGCACCACCUCCUAGUGGAGCUGAAGAGCAGCAAGGAAGGAAAAGACACAAAGUACAUAGCACAGGUCGUCCUGGAUUAUGACAUGUUCGUGAAGACAGCAGAGAUUGGGAAUGAAUUACCUGGACUCAAGCUGAGGAGCUUGUUUACUGGUGGACUUCUGGGACAGAGCAACAGUGUCCAGCAGGGCUUUAAAGGAUGCAUGCAGGGCGUUCGGAUGGGUGCCACAAACACAGCUAACAUUAACAUGCAGCAGGGGCAAAAGAUCAACGUGGAGGACGGCUGCGAUUUGACCGGCCCCUGCGAUCCAAACAUGUGCCCAGAGAACAGCCAUUGUCUGGAUGACUGGAACGCACACACCUGCACCUGUGACCCUGGUUUCUUUGGUAAAGACUGUGUUGAUGCAUGUCAUCUGAACCCUUGUGAGCAUUUGUCAACGUGCGUUCGGAAGCCAAGUUCCUCUCACGGUUACACAUGCGAGUGCGGUCCGGACUAUUAUGGACAGUACUGUGAAAACAAGGUGGAGAAACCGUGUCCUCGGGGUUGGUGGGGAACCCCAAUGUGUGGCCCCUGCAACUGUGAUGUCAGCAAAGGCUUCAACUCUGACUGCAACAAGACCACGGGAGAUUGUCGCUGCAAGGACAACUAUUAUCGACCAAAAGACAGUGACACCUGCUUCCCUUGUGACUGCUUUCAUUUGGGUUCCAAUUCGCGAACGUGCGACCCAGAGACGGGCAACUGCCCGUGCAAGGCAGGUGUGAUCGGACGACAAUGUAACCGCUGCGACAACCCCUUCGCUGAGGUGACCAACACGGGAUGUGAGGUUGUGUAUGAGCGUUGCCCGAGAGCCUUUGAUGCUGGAAUCUGGUGGCCCAAAACUAACUUUGGACGACCAGUAGCCAUUGAUUGUCCCAAGGGAUCUAUUGGCACUGCUAUCAGACACUGCAAUGAUGAGAAAGGCUGGUUGCCCCCUGAACUUUUCAACUGUACCACCAUUACUUUUGCUCAACUCAAGAAAAUGAAUGAAGACUUGCAUCGGAAUGAAUCCAUGAUGAAUGGCCAGAUAUCGGAGGACAUUGCUCACAUGUUACAGAAAGCCACUGAUCAAACCAGCUCUUUCUAUGGGAAUGAUGUGAAAACCUCCUACCAGCUCGUUUCCAAGAUUUUGCGCUAUGAAAGCCAGCAGCAGGGUUUUAACCUGGCUGCCAUGCGUGAUACCAAAUUCAACGAGAACAUAGUGAAGGCUGGCAGUGCAAUCCUGGAUGCCAGUAAUAAAGACCACUGGGAUCAGAUACAAAGAACAGAAGCGGGCACAGCACAACUGCUGCGAAACUUUGAGGACUACGCCGACACUGUAGCUCAAAACAUGAGGAAGACCUACCUGAAACCCUUCAUCAUUGUCACAGAAAACAUGAUUUUUGCGGUGGAUUACCUGAAUGCCACAUAUCCAGAAGAGACAAAAAUCCCUCGUUUCCAGAAGAAUGACCAGGAGUGCCCUAAAGACCUGAAAUCAUCCAUUCUCUUCCCAGAAUUCAACUUCAAAUCCCCAGGGAAUAAAGUUUCUCCCACAGCUGAUCCAGCAGCUCAUCUUCAUUUUGAUGAAGAGCACAGUCAUGCCGUGAGGAAGAGGUAUACUGACAAUCUUGCCCCAUAUCCUGUGGCUGCAGUCAUCAUCUACAAAACACUAGGACACCUCCUUCCAGAGCGCUAUGACCCUGACCGCCGCAGCCUCAGGCUGCCGAACCGUCCGGUCAUUAACACACCCAUCAUAAGCGCAAAAGUGUACAGUGAAGGUGGGCCGAUACACAUGCCUCUCGAACACCCGAUCACGCUGGACUACAACCUGCUGGAGACAGAGGAGAGAUCCAAACCUGUGUGUGUGUACUGGAACCACUCUUUCACUGUUGGAGGGAAGGGUGGAUGGUCAUCCAAAGGCUGUGACCUCGUCUUCAGAAACUACACCCACAUCAGCUGCCAGUGCAAUCACAUGACCAGCUUUGCCAUUCUUAUGGACAUCUCCAAGAGAGAGCACGGUGAUGUUCUUCCCUUGAAGAUCGUCACUUACACCACAGUCUCUGCCUCUCUGCUGGCACUUCUGAUUACCUUCAUCCUUCUGGCCAUCCUGCAUAAACUACGGUCAAAUCUGCUCAGCAUCCACAAGAACCUGGUGGCCGCCCUUUUCUUCUCCGAACUCGUCUUCCUCAUCGGAAUCAAUCAGACGGACAACCUGUUCGUGUGUACGGUGAUAGCCAUACUACUGCACUACUUCUACAUGUGCACGUUUGCCUGGACGUUUGUGGAGGGUUUGCACAUAUACCGUAUGCUUACAGAGGUCAGGAACAUCAACCACGGCCACAUGCGCUUCUACUACGCCAUAGGCUGGGGGAUUCCUGCCAUUAUUACAGGACUGGCCGUGGGUCUUGAUCCUCAAGGCUAUGGGAACCCCGAUUUCUGCUGGCUUUCUGUCCACGACACCAUCAUCUACAGCUUCGCUGGGCCUAUUGCAGUAAUAGUGCUGGUUAACGUUGUUAUCUUUUUGAUGGCUGCAAAGGCAUCAUGUGGUCGCAGACAGCGCGCUUUUCAGAAAUCUGGAGUCAUACCUGCUCUUCGAAUGGCCUUCCUACUGCUGUUGCUUGUUAGCGCCACCUGGCUGCUGGGUUUAAUAGCAGUUAACAAUGAUGUCAUGCUCUUCCACUACCUGUUUGCCAUUUUUAGUUGUCUGCAGGGUGUGUUCUUCUUCUUCUUCUACAUUGUGUUCAGUAAAGAGGUGAGAAAAAAUCUAAAGAACGUUUUCACUGGGAAGAAACCUUUGCCUGAUGAGUCCAGUACCACACGCACCUCCCUACUCACGCGCACACUGAACUGUAAUAACACAUACAUGGAAGAUGGAGUGAUGUUCCGUUCAGCCAUCGGCGAGUCCACUGUAUCGCUGGACAGCACAGCCAGGUCAGCUAAGAGCCACAGCAGCUACCUUAAUUAUAUGCACAGAGAUGAAUUAGGUCAAAAGCCUGGUGUUUCAUCUGGAAAUGCUAAAGCCGGAUACACUGACAUUGAUGGCUCACUCUUCCAUAAUGGCACUAAAGCAGAUGACUCAGAUUCAGACAGUGAGCUCUCCGUGGACGAACACAGCAGCUCAUACGCUUCCUCUCAUUCAUCUGACAGCGAAGACGAAGACAUCGAAAUGAAGCCAAAAUGGAAUAAUGAGAGGCAGCCGAUACACAGCACUCCAAAAGGUAGAAGACACAGCUUUUACCUUCUUAAUAACAUUCAGGUGGACACCGUGUCCAAUCACGUGAAGCCUUACUGGCCAACUGAAACCAUGACAGCCAGUGACAGUGAAGAUCCAGUAGGGGCAGAGAGACUGAGAGUGGAAACUAAAGUCAAUGUGGAGCUCCAUCAGGAAAAUAAACUCAAUCACAUUGGAGAAACUAUUCAGGACAAGGAAAACCCAACACCAGCCACACAACCCAAUAGCAACCACCAUCCUGAACAAAGAAAGGGUAUUCUGAAAAAUAAGAUCUCAUAUCCCCCUCCACUGACAGACAAAAACAUGAAAAACAAACUAAGAGAAAAGCUGUCGGACUACAAUUCCACCACCAUAACCCCCAGGGUGCCCACUAUAACAUCUAAUGACGGCGGCAACAACGUCCUGAUCAAGCCUCCUCUUCGGCUUCCUGUCCCCCGAGAGCAGCAAAACGGCAUCGCAAUGAAUCUAAGAUCAGGGACUGUUAACGGCGGCAACCAAUCAGAUUCUGACGGCAGUAAUGAAACAUCAAUCUGACUCAGCAGGAAACCUGAGGAACUUCUGCCCUCAUGAGGGGAGAAUAUCAGCACCCGAAAGACGGAAAGUGAAGGUGGAUAUGCGGAGACCCUCCUCGUAGGUGCACAUCGCCUGGGAUCUGUGCCCUGUUGGAGGACAGUAUUACUGCAAAUGUCUGCCUGAUAAUAAAGAAAAGAUAAAGGGAAUGUAUGUAAAUACGAAAGAGGGGGUAAGCGAGGAUAAAUGGAAACUGUGCCAAACCACUUUAUGUGGGACUACAACCCUUAGCAUGGUGAGCGGCAUGCUCAGUCCCAGUGACGACGGGUGACUUUGAAGAGAUCCAAACGACUUUGUGAUUGUUUUACCACUAGUGCUGUGCGAUCGCGCACAAAAUCACACAAAGCUGGAACCGUGUAGAGACAAUUUUCGUUUACGAAAUGGAAAUCACGAAAUGCUGUAUUUGUCACUAAGUGCCCUAUUCGCCCGUCCUGUUAGAAGAGAUUGACCUUCCUUGUGUAAUUAAUUUGUAGAUAUAUUUUUUUAAAUUGUAAUAUUUUGUAUGUGAAUUUUUUAAUUUGUAUAUUGAAAUGAACCGUUUUAAUACCAAUUUAAUGCAAGACCUUUUUUUUGAUGGUGGUCAAAUCAAAAUUUGUUUUGUAUUUGAUUUGUAGGUUUAAUUAUUUUGGUUGCUAUGGUGCUGCAGUCCCCAAUACAUUAUUUUAAAGGGUUUAUGCCCAUUAUAAAGACAUGACAACACUUUGCAACUUUCGCAGUUUGACUAUUCAAUGGUGAUUGUAAUAAUAAGGUUUGAACUGUGAAGACAUAGCCCUUAUACUCAUGAAAAGAUAAUAAAGAAAGUGUUUUGUUAUGAUAUGAAUCUUAUUCCAAAGAUGUUUUAAAUAAUUUCCCACAAGAAAAGACACUGGAUUUCUUACUGUAAAGCUGUAUUUAUUUGUAUGUUUUGAGACACUGGACAAAAAUUGAAGCUGUAAAAAUAAAACCUAAAUGGAUUUGUA